AUGAGCAGACAGGAAGAUCUCAGUGAGGCUGUCAGUUUAAGUCAGUGUGUCAAUGGGGUUGAGAUGAAUGAACAAGGAUUGGGAAAUGAUCAUAUGGGUGGUGGAACUAUUCUGACCGAGGGUGGUAAUGGUGGUUCUCUGGAAAACCUUCACUGUAGCAGAGAUGCUUUUAGAGGGAAUUUGGAUGAAGAUUUAUAUGGGGCUGGUGUAGGUUUAGUGAAAGAAGACAUUAAUGGUGAACAGAAAAGUUUGGAUAAUGUGGAACUGAAAAACGCAAUAACUGAUGAAGUCAAGGUUUUGGUUAGUGCUGUGCACUUGUCAGAAUUAAAUGCAGAUUCUGAAAACAAUUUGAUUGAAGAUGGUGUGAAAAACUUAAGUUCAGGAACUGGCGAUGUGGAUGAGACUUCAGACCUUGAUGAUGAGGAGGAUGAUGAUCACUGCCAGAUUAAAUUGCUUUCUGCCCAGUUGCGCCAACAUGAGGAGGCUGCAGUGAUCAUGGAGAGCAAAGGAAAACUGGCUGUUAGGUCACCAGUGGAUGGAGGGACUGAUUCAUCAGCUAGAGAAAGUGACAGGAAACAGUCUGGUAUGGUUAACAGUCAAGACAUUUUGACUGACAGGAGCUAUGAACAUCCACUAUUGCUUAAUGAAAAACUUAGAAGUUUAAAUGGAAAUAAAAAGGAAGAUCUAGUUCAAGAUUGCAACAAGCUGACCCAGGAUAGUUAUCUAGAAAGAGUUUCUGGUUUUACUGGUCAUGCACUGUCUAAUAUCCAGGAAAAGCUCACACCAGCACAAACUGAAAUAAUCUCACAAGAAACUUGCAGAUGGUCAAAAGGUUCAUCUGGAAAUGACUUUGGCCAAACUAAGGAUAUCAUCGGGGGUAUGCACCUUGACCAGCAAACUCCUGAUUUCUUUGAAGAUGAUGUGGAAAUUGAAGAUUUUUCAAGUUCUUCUUUAGUUGGCAGGCUGUUACUUAGGCAAAUGAUACUGAAGGAAGACUGGAAGAAAGAGGGAGAAGCAUUGUCUUUAGCUGUUAAAGAACUGAAAGAAGAGGUUGAGUGUAUUAGCAAAUCCUUUCUGCCCGAGGAUGAUCCUGAGCACAUUGAUCCAUCAAGUCAAGGCGCUUGUCGUAUAAAAGACAAUGUCCAUGAACCAAAUCGAAAGACAAAGAAGAAAUUUUCCUUUCCUGCAUUUAAGGAAGUACUGGGACCCUGUGAGUCAGAGGAUCUCCUCGAUGGAAUCAUAUUUGCAGCAAGUUAUCUUGGAUCAACCCAGUUAUUCUCUGACAAAAAUCCAUCGACCAAUGUCCGAAUGUCACAAGCACAGGAAGCAGUGGGGAGAGUAAAGGCACCCGAAGGAGAGUCGCAACCAAUGACUGCAGUAGAUUUGUUUAUAUCGACACAACGAAUUAAAGUAUUGAAUGCUGAAACGCAGGAAGCCCUGAUGGAUCACCCUCUGCAGACUAUUUCAUACAUUGCAGACAUUGGAACUACAAUAGUUUUCAUGGCUCGGCGACGAUUGCCACGUAAACCUCCAGGCCAGGAGACUGGGAGCUCCGUGACAGGAAAGCGAGAGUACAAGAUGAUAUGCCACGUCUUUGAGUCAGAGGACGCAAGUCUUAUCGCACAGGCUAUAGGCCAAGCUUUUACUGUGGCUUACCAGCAGUUUCUGAAUGCCAAUGGUAUCAAUCCUGCAGAUCUGAGUCCCACAGAGUACAAUGAUUUAAUCGACACUGAGUUCUACAAUGGGGAUCUUGUACACUUUUCCAAAUCAGAGAACUCUAAAGAGGUCCAUAUCGAAAAAGCGAAAGGUGAGAUCCUUGGCCUAGUGAUAGUGGAGUCAGGCUGGGGCUCUAUCCUUCCCACUGUGGUGAUAGCCAAUCUCAUGCAUGGCGGGCCCGCGGAACGGUCAGGAGAGUUGAACAUCGGAGAUCAGAUCAUAUCUGUGAAUGGCACCAGUUUAGUUGGCCUGCCACUUGCUACUUGCCAGGGCAUAAUCAAGGACUUGAAAUAUCAGUUUGAAGUGAAGCUGAAUAUUGUUCGCUGUCCUCCAGUCACCACUGCAAUCAUCAAACGACCAGACCUGAAGCUUCAGCUGGGAUUUAGUGUUCAGGAUGGCAUUAUCUAUAGCCUCAUGAGAGGCGGAAUAGCAGAACGAGGUGGAAUUAGAGUUGGGCACAGAAUCAUUGAAAUAAAUGGACAAAGUGUUGUGGCAAUCCCACAUGAAAAGAUUGUGCAAAGACUGUCAAAUGCCACUGGCGAGAUUCACAUAAAGACAAUGCCAGCUGCAACAUAUCGAUUACUAACUGGACAAGAACAACCAAUAUACAUAUAAAGGAAGAAUUAUCGUCAUUAGCCAGCUGAAACACUUGUGGCAUCCAUGGAUUCCACAUCGACACUGCCUGCUUUGUUGUGCCUCAACAGUAUUGCAACACCAUUCUUAAUUGGCCUAUUGAAGGUGACUUAACCAUUCCACUCUGCACUAAAUUGGCUGCUGGCUCAGAGCUGCAGCAUCACAUCAGGCCAGUGUGAAAGGGGGAAAUAAGUUAACUUUUGGUGCAGGGUUGGCUGCAUGCCACACAUCAGACGUUGCACUGAUACAAGGUGGCACUGUUUUUCACCAAAAGGUUCUGUACAUGGCUUCCUCCAUAUCAUCAGCUCGAACUAGAUAUCUCAUGACAUCUGCAAACAGCUCUUCUGUUUUAUUUGAAUAGAAACCCACUGGAUUUAUUUUAAUAGUGCCAAGGGCAAAGCUUAAUAUUUUAACCAAGUAAUUAAAAAAAAUCACCAAGGGAUAAAUGUAUUAAGCAGACCAGAGUACUUAUGUGGAUAAUUUUUUGAGGGGUUGGGGGAGGGGAGGGACGAAGCUAUGGACGGUGGUCUCGGAGACGAUGAAGUUUUGGGCCUGAAUCUUGGUCUGGAAGCUAUUCUGCAUUGUUUGUGAAAGGUGUCUUUCCAUCCUACGACUGCCUGGCACUGGGAUAUCAGGUUCAGCUGUUGUUUUCCAAUUUGCUCUGUGUAUACCAAAUGCAAUUUACUAUUUUUUUUUGUACAGAUCUUUCUUUUAAAAUGUCAGGGCAAGAUGGUCUAAAUUGUACCUUGUACCUCUGCAUAAGGAGAUGAAAAAUCAGUCUGGAGUGACUGCUUCUGUUUGCUAUCCACUGAUUCUUGCAGAGAAGUGUGGUGUAUGUAAUCAAUAAGGAAGAAUAGAUUGUCCUCAUUGGAAUUUCCUGCUGACCAUGUGCAUUGUAGAGACUCUGAGGAUACCUCACUUAGAAGUUCAUGCCUUUGGUGCCUUGAAAACUACCAUUAAGUUAGCCAUAAUUGCCAUGCUUGGAGUGUUUAUCAGGGAAUAUAACUGAAUAAAAUACAUAUAGUAAUGAUUGUACAGUAUUUUGCAUAGUCAUAAGGGUUAGCUGAGAGGUUACCGAUAUUAUGUAGACUACAGGCCAUAGGUUCAUCUAUUGGCCAAGACUGAAUUAGAUAUUUUUGGCUCAGCUGAGACAAUAGGGGUGGGGACUGAGGGUUUAUUUGAGAUCACUACUAGUUUAAGGUAGAGGGGAUUAAUUAGUCCAGGACUUUUGCACCAUAUCAUUAUUGCAUGGCAUUUUGGAAAAUGCAUGUGGCCAAAGAUAUUGCCCAUAGGGACUCAAUGUACUUGUGUCUGUGGAAAUGCAAUCCAGCAAGAGUCGCAAUCUUCAUACAAGAAAGAGGGAAAGUUGAGGGCAGGGUAUUUCUGUAGCCCUGUGCAUCUGGAAAUGUUCUCUAUCGCUGUAACUUGUUUAUAUUAAUGACCAGUGUGGCUUCUGAGCUGCUAUGAUCAGAAUUUGAGCCAUGUAGUCUUUUAUCAUAUAAGUUGCCUUUUCUGCAUGGGUCUGCUCUGAAUUCUUCCAAAGGAAUGUGCUACUGACAUCUGACAUUUAGUUAAUGGAAAUGAGAGUACCUGGUGCUCUGACAGAUUGAGCAAUAAUCUAAUGCAGUGCUUCCUUUGUCUGGUUCUCGUUAACACCUUUCAUUGCAAUAAAGUUAUUGUGGCAUAAAUGCA